AUGGUACCCAUGGCCUCUUCUAGUGAUAGUGAUGAUAGCAGUUCAAGUGAUAUUGAUGAUGAUUCUGUUUUUUAUGAUGCUAAUAGUAGUUUAUCAAAUACUGAAAUAGAAAAUCAUCCUCUUCAAAGAGAACCGCGAUGGAGAAUAUCAUCGAGAGAUGAAUCAUUAAAAAAACCUGAACAUUUUUGUACGAUUUCCUUAACUGAUAAACAAUUACAAGAUAUUGAAAGGCGUGAUAAGCUUCAACGUUUACGUUCUCAAGAUAUUCCUGAUAAUCGAAACAGUCAAAAUGUUACAGUCAAAAACUUCCCUGAAUCACCUUCAAUUUUAUCAUCAUCAAUAGUAGAAGAAGAAGUAUCAAGCGUUCAAGAUAUAUCAUCAAAACUAGAUGCUCUUAAAGAUGAUAUUGAUAAUGAGCAAAUCAAAUGUCCAAAGAAGAGCUCUAUAUCUUCACUUUCAAAAGAAAUUUUAACAAAUUCUUCUAUUAAAUCUUAUGAUUAUCAUCCGCCACUUUCAUUACCUGCAGCAUCAACACGUGGUACAGGUGGAUAUUAUUCAAAGAAUAGAACUUUAUCUGCUAGUAGCGAGCCCAAUGUAAUUGAUUUACAUAUGAUUGAUAGUAUAACAAAAUUCGGUGAAUUAGCUCCAAAUGGUCCAAUAUUAGAUGAUGAAGAAAUUCUUCAACAGCCAAUUGUACUUGAUCUUGAUAGUGGAAAAUAUAUUCCAUUAAGUGAUGCUAAUCCCAUGACACAAACAAUAAUGCAACGUACUCAUAGAAGUGGAAGUAUUAUAACAGUACGUCGUAAUUCAAUAUUGAAUAGUCGGAAUACUGUAAGAAAUUCUUUAUCGGAUAAUAAUACUCUUAGUAAAUCAGAACUAAAUCUUUCACAUAAAAAAAAUAAAAAACAUGAAAAUGCAGAUGAUGAUGAUAAUGAAUCAACAUCAUCUGAAUCCUCAAGUACAAAAUCAAGUCAUGCAACACUUAGAUUAUCAUCAUCAGUUACUGGUAAAUCUUUAACAUCUAAUACACAUUCACCAGUAUCAAUAAAAAAACAAUUGAAAAAUUUAGUUGUAAAAAAUUUUUUACGUAAAAUGAAACCUAAAACAGUCUAUGAAAAUAAUAAUUCAGGUGAUAUUGAUGAUGAAGAAGAUGACACUGAAAGAUUAUUAAUUAAUGAUGGUUCAAAUGGAGAUUUAAAAUAUAAAGCAUCAAGAUAUUUAAAAGAACCAACACAAUUUGAUAAAACACAAUUAUUACAAACAAUUGUUGACGCUCAUAAUGGACCUAUUUGGUGUAUGAAAUUUUCACCUGAUGGUUAUCUUCUUGCAACAGGUGGUCAAGAUUGUUUACUUAAAAUUUGGGUAUUAAAAUCAGCACGACCAUAUUUUGAUGAUUUUUCUCGUAUAACAUCAAAUCCAUCGAAACCACAAAAUGAAAUAUUAAGAAAUAGAUUUUAUGAAUUUCAUCAAAAUAUAUCAUCUGAAACAAUGACACCAUCCAAUAAUGCUAAACUUGGUCUAAAUGAAAUGCAAGUUCCACUUUAUACUAAACCAUUUUCAGAACUUGUUGGUCAUCAAGCACCUGUACUCGAUGUUGCUUGGUCAAAAUCUUUAUUUCUUCUAUCAUCAUCUAUGGAUAAAACUGUUCGAUUAUGGCAUUUAACUCGUUUAGAAUGUUUAUGCUAUUUUCUUCAUGUGGAUUUUGUUUCGGCAAUUGCUUUUCAUCCACGAGAUGAUCGAUAUUUUAUAUCGGCAAGUUUAGAUGGACAUGUACGUCUAUGGAAUAUUCCUGAUAAACGUGUAGUGCAUUGGACAUUAAUACCAGCUCAAGCAUCAUCUCAAAUAACUGCUGCUGAAGCUAAUUUAAUAACAGCUGUGAAUUUUUGUGAUGAUGGCCGUAGAGUAACUGUUGGAACAUUUGACGGUCGAUUUUUAUUUUAUACUGAUUCAUUACAAUAUGAUACUGUAAUACAUAUUGGAGAUAAAGACGUUACUCGAAGUGUUCGAUCAAGAAAACGUCGAAAACCAUCUAAAAUUACAGGCAUUGAAUCAAUGAGUUCAAAUAAUUCAAAAGUAUUAAUUACAUCAAAUGAUUCUCGAAUACGUUUAUUUAAUAUUCGAUCGAAAGAAAUUGAAUGUAAAUAUCGUGGCUAUUUAAAUCAAUCAAGUCAAAUUCGAGCAUCAUUUAGUUAUGAUGAUCGAUAUAUCAUUAGUGGCAGUGAAGAUUCUUGGUUUUAUAUAUGGAGAACUAAACCAAAUAGCGAUGAUAGUGAUUCACCAAUAAAUGCUAAAUUAACACGAAAACAACGACGUUAUUUUGAGCGUGCAUUUGAACGUAUUCGAGUUCAUAAUACAAUGGUAACAUCUGCGAUCUUUGCACCAAAUUCAAGUUUAAUAAUGAAUUAUUUAUAUUCAUCAAGUGAUAGUUCAUCUUUAAUAAAUUAUUCUCCUAUUUCAACAACAUCAAGUAUAGAUACUAAUCGAACACGAAUAAGUGGUAUAAAUAUUGCAUCAAAUUCAUCUGAAGGUUUAUCGAUCACGAAUAAUACAGGACCAAUUUAUGUGAUGGUAACAGCAGACUCUAAAGGUCAAUUAAAACUGCUUGUUAAUCGAUAUCAUCGUUAA